AUGGCGAAGGCCAAAAAAGAGAACGCCAAGAACUCUCAGAGCCAUAUUCGAGCCCGCUUGGAUUAUCUUCACCAAGCUGCAAUGUAUUUCCAGGGCAAGCCCAAGGCUAGACAAGCCCGCACGGAUGCAUCCCAGCACGGCGUCAGUGUCCCCGUUCAAUCGACAGAGGCAGCACAGAAACUUGACGUCCACCAAGAGAAGAAUCUUGAUAUGGGCAAUCUCUCAAGAAUGUGUGUAUCGCAUCUCCGAGCCGUGGCAAUGAAGACACAGAUUCGGCUGCCAGUCAAGCUGAAGAGAUCAAUGUGCAAAACAUGCGAUACACUCCUGGAGCCGGGAAUAACAUGCUCGCAAGGAAUCAGCAACGCAAGUCGUGGGGGCAGAAAACCUUGGGCCGAUGUACUUGUCGUCCGCUGCUUGGUAUGCGGAACUGAGAAACGAUUUCCACAGACGGACAAACGUGCCAAAAAGCUUGAUGAGCGCCGCAAAGAGAAGUCAAACUUGACCAGUGACAAGCACAAUGGGAAUCUUGAGUCAAUCGACCAAACUGUGUUGCAACGAAGUGUUGACAAAUGUGACGAGAAUACCCCAACUUCGAUUGUGAUGGAUGACCUGAAGAUGUGUGGAUCUUGA